CUCAUCGUGGAGGAUAACGUCAUGAACCAAAAGGUCGCGCGGGUGGUGGUGAAACAUUGCGGGAUGAGCUCCGACCUCGCGAACAACGGCAAGGAGGCGGUGGACAUCUUGCGCGGCGGCGCGAGGUACGACGCGAUCUUGAUGGACGUGCAGAUGCCCGUGAUGGACGGGCUGGACGCGACGCGGAAGAUACGAGAGAUGGAGGCGAGCGGGGAGCUCCCCGAGCGGAAUUUCAUCCUCGCCACGAGCGCCAACGCGACGGCGGAGAAUCACCAGGAGGGGUUCGCCGCGGGCAUGGACGAGUACAUCACGAAGCCGAUAUAUCCGACGAAACUGAAAGAGCUCCUG